UGAAACCUCUCCUCGUGACGUUCCCGAGUGUCAAAGGUCAUGUUUACAAUUGAAAACGUCAGUUGAGCAAAAAUAUGUCAAAAAUGAUUCAAACUGAAGAUAAAAUUCCGUUAUUGGGAAGCACAUCUUCAAAUGUUGCAUUGAAACCACCAAAAGGAUGGGGAUACAGACAUAUGCUGGCAUUCGUAGCAUUUCUUGGCUUUGUCAAUGUGUACUGUAUGAGAGUAAACCUGAGCGUUGCCAUGGUUGAUAUGGUGAAACCCAGGCACAAAGAUGACCUGAAUUCUACAUCUGAUGAGUGCCAAGAUCACAACCUCAACAAUACCAAAAGUAAUGAAGGAGAGUUUGACUGGAGUACAGAUCUACAGGACUACAUUCUGGGAUCAUUCUUCUAUGGUUACAUUCUUACACAGAUCCCAGGGGGUUGGAUGGCUGAGAAGUUUGGGGCUAAGUGGCUGUUUGGGCUAGGUGUGUUAUGUACAUCUGUGCUUACACUGGUAACACCAAUAGCUGCACGGUACCAUGUAGGAGUCUUUAUUGCAGUGAGAGUAUUGGAGGGACUAGGAGAGGGUGUGACAUUUCCUGCUAUGCAUGCUAUGUGGGGAAAAUGGGCUCCGCUGUAUGAAAGAUCCAAGCUGGCUGGAUUCUCAUAUGCAGGUGCACAACUAGGGACAGUAUUUGCUCUGCCAAUUUCUGGUUGGUUGUGCGAUCAGAAAACAUUUGCUGGUGGUUGGCCAUCUGUAUUCUAUGUAUUUGGAGGUAUUGCAUGUGUAUGGUUUCUGGUUUGGACAUUGUUUGCAUAUAACACUCCUGCAGACCAUCCUAUGAUUUCUAGAGAAGAGCGAGAAUUUAUCGAAUCAAGUGUUGGUAUGAAAGAGGAUAUUGCAACACCAUGGGGAGCUAUUCUGAGAUGUCCAGCAGUGUGGGCGGUCUGUAUAGCUCACUUCUCCAACAACUGGGGCUUUUAUACCAUGCUUACAACACUACCAAGCUAUAUGAAAAAUAUCCUAAAGUUUGAUAUAAAAACCAAUGGUAUGUUAUCAGCGUUACCAUAUUUGGGCUGUUGGAUAGGUCAGAACUCAUCUGGAAUUACAGCUGAUAUCUAUCUACGUAGCAAGGGCUACCUUUCUACUGUUGCAACUAGAAGAUUAUUCACUAACGUAAGGUCAUGUGGUCUUGCAGUUCCUGGCAUCACAAUAAUUUCAAUAUUUCAGUUUGCUGGAUGUAACCAGACAGCAGCUGUUGCCAUGCUUGUGUUAUGUCUCACAGCAGGGGGCUUCACAAUGGGUGGAUUCCAGGUCAAUCAUAUUGAUCUGUCUCCAAAUUUCGCUGGAGUGCUAAUGGGAAUGUCUAACACCUGGGCUACUAUCCCUGGUUUCUUAGGACCUGCAGUGGUUGGCUGGCUGACUCAUAAACAU